CUUUACAGUACCUACCUAUUUGUAAAUGCACACUUGUAGAUAAACUAUGCGCGAUAAUGUCACGUUUACCUUCAUAAAGUUUACUUACACGUAUUGGCCUAAUUAGUUUUUAAUUGUGUUGGAAGUGAUUAGGAUGAACUCGACGAACUCCACCGAAAAUAUUAUCGAAGUACCAAACCCGCGGACACCUAUCGAACAGCGUUGAAAUAUUCGACAAGGAAAUCGAGCCCGAAGAGAAACACCGAGUGUCGUCCGAUGGACUAUCUAGACUCCUCCAAAAUUUGCAAAAUGGCACCGGCGAAGUGGUUCGGAAAAACGAAAGGACUCUCAAGAUUUGCCUGUACGUCAUCUUGAACGUCGUCUUCGUGGGCUACUUUGCGUGGGCGACCCACUACUUUGUGAACUUCUCAAGUGACAGUCUAGCGAGUACGACAUGCACUGGUUAUGGUCUGCUGAUGAUCAUCUUCAUCUUGGUUUACUUUAUGGUCGCGUACUAUCUGAUUAUAAAGCCCUUCCUGCUUCCCAUCGUCAUCGAUGGCGUGGAUGGGAAGCAGUUCUCAAAAAUUUUUUCAAAUCGAGCCGUAAAGGCCACCUUCUACACUGUGAUCUUCGUCGCAAUCGGCGUAUACCUAGGGUUUGAUACCAGAGACAACCGGCGAAGAUUGGUACCGCUGCUCGGACUACUCGUCUUCUUGGUUUUCGGUUUUCUGUUCUGCAAGCAUCCCAGACACAUCAAGUGGAGACCUGUCUUUUGGGGCCUCAUUCUGCAGUUUGGAUUCGGCCUGCUUACGAUCAGGUGGGAUGUCGGGAGAAAUAUCUUCGACUGUCUGGGAAAUAAGACCAGCAAGUUUUUGAGUUACGCCUCCAACGGUUCCGCGUUUGUCUAUGGCGAAUUUUUGGUUUACCGCGAGGCUGUCUUUGCGUUCCAGGCACUUUCCACGAUAUAUUUCCUGGGAUUUAUAAUCAACAUCCUGUAUCACUACGGAAUCAUGCAGAAGGCGAUCGUGACCUUGGGGGAAUUCCUGCAGGCUGUGAUGGGUACCGCCAUCUGCGAGAGCGUCAACAGCGCCGCCAACAUUUUCCUCGGCAUGAGCGAGGCGCCCUUGCUCCUGAAACCGUACCUAGAAGACCUAACCGUUUCCGAAAUUCACGCAAUUAUGACAAGCGGUUUCGCAACAGUUUCCGGUACUGUGCUCGCGGCUUACAUCUCCUUUGGAGCGGAAGCCUCCCACUUAAUCACGGCGAGCGUCAUGUCCGCCCCGGCUGCGUUGUGCUACAGUAAGCUCACCUAUCCGGAGACCGAAGAGGUUAUCGCAACCAAGGAGUCUAUUCAACUACUUAAAUCUGAGUACUCCUCCGCUUUGGACGCGGCAAGCAAAGGGGCGGCGAUGGCGCUCGAGCUUGUCUUAGGAAUUACUGCGAACCUCAUCGCGUUCAUCUCCCUCAUUUUCUUCCUCAACGGAAUUUUGUCCUGGCUGGGGUUUUUAGUAGGCUACGACGGCGAUAGCGUCUGGACAAUCGAGCAGGCGGUCGGUUACGUAUUCAUGCCGAUUAGCUUCAUCAUGGGCGUACCUUGGGACGAAAGCGAGAUGGUCGGUAAGCUGAUUGGAAUUAAGACGGUGGUCAACGAGUUUGCCGCGUUCAAGGAGAUGGGUAAAAUGGUUCUGACGAAGCGGACCAAGAUGAUAGCGACCUAUGCCAUUUGCGGAUUUUCCAAUCCGGGAUCGAUCGGAAUUAUGAUUUCGGCGCUGUCCGUUUUAAUGCCGAAAAAGAGGAGUGCCAUAACGUCGACGGUCUUUAGGGCCUUCAUCGCCGGCGAAAUUGUCUGCUUUAUGACCGCGUGCAUCGCGGCGUUGUUGAUACCUGAAGAUUCACUUUAAGAACCCUAUAUUUAAUGCUUUUUUUUAUAUUAAAGUAGUUGACACCUUUGUUGA